AGCGGCUGGCGUUGUGGGGGCUGCAACUACCGGGAAUGAUCUUUAUUUGUCUACCGCAAAGCAAAGGGCACGGGAAGAUCUGUACCGUAAGCGAGGAAGAGACGAGAUAGCGAGUCCUUAUUAGGUGGUUGGGGUAGUCAGAAGAAAAGCCGGGAGGUAGAGGAAGGGGUGUUCGAGGAUAAGGUUGUUCCUCUGUUGAAGGUUGGGGGUGCUUAGGGAGGAGGGGAUGUCUGGCAAGGUGGAACGAGUAUGUGAGGCUUGUUGAGGAGGGUAUGUUUCUCAGCAGGGAUUUUUGGUAUGCCAAGAUAGAAAGUUAGUGUAUUGAGAGGAUGCUCUUAGUGGGCAAUUUUCUACCAUUUGUACAAAAAAAAUGUGGCUUCUCACUCGCUCUUUGUGCAGUCUUUUGAGUCACUGGGCUCUUGGGGGAAGGUGGAUCCUUGCAGGUAGCAAUUCUUGCAGGUAUUACAAGAAGGAAACGCUUCCAUCCCCAGAGGGACCAAUCCCGCCUGUUUCAGUCACAGAGAUACGCCAGUAUCUGAGGGCACAAAGUAUCCCAUUUCACGAUGGCUAUAGUUGUCUUCAUGUGCCCAGUGUUUUUGUGGAGGAGCAGCAGCAGGUUCGCCAUAGCUACACCCUCUUUAUCGACAAGACCACUGGCCGCUUUCUCUGUACAGCCACAUUGGUUGAAGGUAACUGGCAAGACUUCCAGGCUAGUGUAGAGUUGCGACAUAAAGGGAUGGUUGUGGGUGAUCCGGAAGAGGCCAGCGGGCAAAGGGACCAAGAUGGAAAAGAUGCCUUGCAUAUAUGGGAGCGAGCCCUGCUUCUCUGGGAACUGCUGGAUGAGAAGGAGACACAGGAGGCUAAGGCUAUGUUUGGCAUUUGCAGUGUCUCAAAUACCACUCUUAAACGGUUUAGUGUGCGUUAUCUGCGGACUGCACAAGCCUUGGUCUUCCCAUGGUUCAGCCCCCGUGGCACCAGCCUGAAGGGGCUAAAGCUUCUGGGAGUUGAGCAGCAAGGUGAAAGCACACACUAUGUGGAGAACACUCUACCCCGCCCAGGAGCCUAUCACAACCUCUUUGGGUUGCCACUGAUCAGCCGGCGAGAUACAGAAGUGGUACUGACUGGCCGGGAACUGGAUACUUUGGUGUUGCACCAGGUGACUGGACUACCCACCUUGGCCCUUCCCCGGGGAAUUUCUUGCCUCCCACCAGCCCUUCUUCCCUACUUAGAACAGUUCAAGCGGAUCACCCUGUGGUUAGGGGAGGACCUCCGGGCCUGGGAAGCUGCCAAACUCUUUGCUCGCAAGCUGAACCCUAAGCGUUGUUCUUUGGUGCGACCAAGUGACCAGCAACUCCGGCCCUUGGAAGCUUUCACCCGUGGCAUGAACCUCACCAAAAUUCUACGUUCGGCCCUUCCAGCUGGCCACAAGUCCAUCAUUUCAUUUCGCCAGCUUCGGGAAGAGGUAUUUGGGGAGCUGGCCAACGUGGAACAGGUGGCAGGAGUCAAAUGGACACGUUUCCCAGAAUUGAAUAGACUCCUCAAGGGCCAUCGCAAGGGGGAGCUCACUGUCUUCACAGGUCCAACGGGCAGUGGGAAGACAACCUUCAUCAGUGAAUAUGCCCUGGAUCUCUGCAUACAGGGGGUGAACACUUUGUGGGGCAGCUUCGAGAUCAACAACGUGCGCUUGGCCAAGAUCAUGCUGACCCAGUUUGCUAUAGGGAGGCUGGAAGAGCAGCUGGAAAAGUAUGAUGAGUGGGCAGACAAGUUUGAGGAUCUUCCACUCUACUUCAUGACUUUCCAUGGGCAUCAGAAUAUCAAGACCGUGAUAGACACCAUGCAGCAUGCUGUGUACAUGUAUGAUAUCUUUCAUGUGAUCAUUGAUAAUCUCCAGUUCAUGAUGGGCCACGAACAGCUCAGUGUGGACAGGCUUGCUGUGCAAGACUACAUUGUGGGUGCUUUCCGGAAGUUUGCCACAGAAAACAGCUGCCACGUGACUCUGGUCAUUCACCCCCGGAAAGAAGAUGAAGAGAGGGAACUGCAGACGGCUUCCAUUUUUGGGUCUGCAAAGGCCAGCCAGGAAGCUGACAAUGUGCUGAUCCUGCAGGACAGAAAGCUGGUGACAGGUCCAGGCAAGCGCUACCUGCAGGUCUCCAAGAAUCGCUUUGAUGGGGAUGUAGGAGUCAUUCCUUUGGAGUUUAGCAAAGCAUCCCUCACCUUCUCGACCCCCAUCAAAGGCAAAGCCAAGCUGAAGAAGGUCAAAGGUGACAAUGACGUGUCUCCUAAGACGGCUCCAGCAGGUGCUGGUGGAGCUUCAAAGAAGCAGAGGUCUCAGUCGCCCAGCAGCACAGCCCCUGCCCCAGGGACCUCUCCUGAUGAACCCAUCAAACCAUGAGGAGAACCUGUGGAUGAUUCAAAAAGAGUUGGAAGCCAGCAAAGUCACUGCCUCCUGUCUGAUCAUAGAAGCAAUAAUCACAAGAUGAAGAAAAGCAUUGGCUGGAUGUUUCCUGCACUGUUGCGUGAUGUUCUCCAUUGGGAUCAGGUGCUAGAAAGCUUUAUGAAAUCUGUGGAUAGUAGCAGGAUUUGCAAUACCCUUUACUAUCAAGCAAUACUCUGAAGAGGAGACUAGCAGAUGGGUGUACACGUGCAUGCACCAUAGAAAAGAGCUUGCUGUGUACUGGGGCAGGUGCAAAGAAGUAGUCCUGUUUUGUGGUCUUCAGCGUAACCUGGGCCCAGUUAAUGCUCAUUAGCUGCAAACAGUGAACAAGAUAUUAAAAAAGAACAGUGGGGUACACAAGUAGUUUUAUGUAAUUUUUUACUAGUAUGUAUAAGGAAUAAAGUUUUGCUGCAAGCUGGAAAAGUGCUAGAUCUCUGGCAUGGGAUCACAGAUGCCAGCAGGGCCAUGUUGUAUAUCUGUUUUGUAAAAAUUGCUGGUUAAAAUGGUAAAUGUUGCAAGAAGAGCUCUGCUUUCCCUCCUGAUCUUUGGGCUUGAAUUACAGAGUGAAUUGUAGGUUGAGCCUAAGACGAGUCAGCAAGACCUACAUUUUAAUGAGCCAUGGGUUCAGCAGGGCAAGGAGAUUGAUAAAGCUCUGAGCUGUGGGGGUUGAAUAAAUCAUUAGCACAAAGGUAAUUGGCCUCAACUGCCCUCCCUUCAAAUUCUUUUUUAUGUGCCUUCUCCAUACUGGCUCUGAAUGCUACUGUUCUGACCUAGUAUGGAUUCUGGAGAGGAGUUUACUUGGAGAGGGGGAAAAAAAGAACUAUUCAUGUGUUCCAAAGUGGGCUCUUGAAAAACUGCCAUUAAGAAAAGUAAUAGUUUUAUUGAAGAAGCCCCUUCUAAACCAUUCAUGGUUUCCUUAAACUUCCGAUCGAUUUCCACUUCUGUUUUAAGCACUGCAUCUGACAUAUCUCCAUUUAGAAGAUAAACUUGUAGAAAUUGCUGCUUUUCUGAAGAUUGAUCUCAAAACUGAUUCUGAUAAAUGCACAAGCUGGAAUGCUCUGACAUGGACGAAAAGUGUGUUUCCUCAACCUUUACAUUGUUAGUGAAAUGAAGGACUCUUGGUGGGAGCAGGAAUCCAAAAUGAUAACUGACUGUGAUUUGGUGUGACCCUACAAGCCCCAAGAGGAAGAACGCCUAUCUUUUAACAGAAAUAAUGCAUGCAUUCUAGUGUGCAAAAUUAUGGGUUACUUGACAUUGUGUUGAUGUGUCAUUUAUUUAAAUUAAAAGCCUCAGUUUGUA